AUGCAAAUCGCAGCAGCAGCAGAGCCGGGCGGUCACCGCACGUCUCUGUUUUAUGGGAGCCAGAGUUCCUGGGAGGUCACCCCCGGAGAAGUUGUCUUACCUGUUAUUUCGAGAAGCCUCCCACAGAGACGCAUUGCGGGGGUUGGGGGGCUCACUGUCAGUGUGGCGGCCGUCGCAGCCGUCGUUGCAAUUGCAGCAUCGUAUUUUGUGGUCCGCUGCGCGCUGUAUUUGUCCAACGCCCGCAAAAGAAGAGCGUCGCUCAGAUUUCUGGCAGGAGCAGAAGGGAAGACAAAUAAUGAUCAGGGAGAUCCCUGCGGUACAUCGGCGGGGGAUCCCCCUGCUGCGGCUGCGGCUUCUGUUGAUGAAGAGAAAACGGAUGAAACGCUUGAUGAGCAGGAUUUGUUGGAACAGGCUGGCCGUUAUGUCUUUGAACUGACGCGAGUUAUGGAGAGGAACGGUUGGCUGUUGACACAACUGAAUUUUAGCCUGAGAGCCAGGUGCGUAGCAAUUUUUUUAUGUGUGUGUCUGGUGGAGUUGGCUGCGCUUUUCUCCCUGUUGGACAAAAGAGAGAGGGUCGGCAUGAAAAGAGGAAUACAUCUAAUCUCCGCCACAGUAGUGGACCUCCGCCGCAGCUUAGGCAGAGCACCCCUUUCCCCUUCGCGGCGCCGGCAUAUCAGAUUUCUGCACGAACUUGUAGACCAGCUUGCAACGGUCCCACCCCCGACCGCGGUACUCGAGAGGAGUCAGCGGUUGCUGAGAAUCAAAGAACUAUUGCAGCUGCAGGAAGUAGCCUUGGGGCAGCUCAAGGCCGGACUUGGUUGGCUGAGCGCAUGUCUGGAAAACUGCAAGGAAACUCAAGAUGUCGGCAAAGCUCCUGCAGAAUUUAUUGAAGACACUGUUGCAGCUGCUGAGGGUGCUGCUGCAGCUGGUGCAGCUGCCGCGGCUCCAUAUGCUCCUACAUCCGCCGCAGCAGGGCGAGUCGAUGCAGUUGUUGCCGCUCUUCAAACAACCGCGUACAAACGCAGAGAACAAGUUCUCCGCGAUGCAUCCUUGAGCCGUUGGCUGCGGGAGGUGCAUGGACCCGACAGCCGCCACGGACUUGUGAGCAAGGGACGUCUCGCACAGCUAGCCCUAAAACCUCUUCAAAGCCAUAGCGAACGCCUAGCGGCCCUGCAGGCCACUCCUCUGGGAUCAGGAGAUGAGCUCUGGAAGAGCAUUGGCCUCGAGGAAAUUGACGUACAGCAGGGAUCCGCUUCCCCCUGUUUACCCGACGCGCCCUGCCAAGAGGUCACAGCUUCUACUUGGGCUAGCCCAAACCCUUCUCCGUGCGCUCUAGGGCCACUGGAUACGCCCCGUCAAGACUCACGGAAAGAGGCAGGCUCUACGGGGUCCGUCCUUGUUUCCUCCAGCGCGUCUACUGCUGAAACUGCAGCUUCUGCAGAUGCUGUCGUUGAGCAGCACGCCGCUUUAGAGGCCACCAAUGACAGCAAGACAGUGCCUCUCGCUAUGUCGCCAAAUAUACUUUCACGCGCUUCGCCGCCUGCUGCUGCAGGGCGUCGCCAAUCGCCUGCAGUGUUCACUGAUCCCGAACCUCCUGCUGCCGCCUCAGCUAGCGAUCGGAUUCCGCAAGCCAAAUGGCCCUCCAGGGGCUCGGGCAUCGCUGGUGUUGCUACCAGGGCGCCUGUUGCUUCCGCUGGACGGUUGGAUUCAGUACCACCACGUGGUGCAGGGCCUUACUCGGCAGUCCCACACCCCUCGCCAGCAACUUUCACCCCGCCUCCCUCUAGCUGGAGGAGCCCAAAGGGCGCCACUGUGUCCCGCCUUCCUCCUAAGACGUUUGCAACUCAUUUUCGUCCCCGCUUCCAGUGGCCAAGGCCUGAUGACUUCACAGCCGCAGAAGCGGGCGCCUCGUUGUUGCGGACCAGAGAGGCAGACGCAAGCCCUCUUCAAUCCGUGGCGGAGUAUUCAACGUCGGCCGUGGAGAUAUCUGCUUCGCAGCCUUUGUUCACCACCCACUGGACAGCUGAGGAAUCUCGUUCAUCUUUAGCAGAAACUAAAGUCCUGGAAAAUUGGGUGGACGUGCGUGGCAGGCCGAAUAUCUACAGGCUGUGGGGGCCGCAAGAACAAGCCCUCUACACACCUGUUGCGGGCUCCUUAUCCAGUGAAAGGACAGACGAGCCAAGUCUUGCAGAGAUUUCUGCAGGCUUUCAGCGGCUUGCGGUACUAUUCAGUGGGGAACCUGACCAAACGUUAAGCGCAACAGUGCACCGGGGCCACCUAGAAGUAGCAGGAGCACCCCCCGCAGCUAAUGCCGCAGCAAGUGCAACAGGAGGUCAAGCUUCUCCUGCUCUUAGCAAUUCUGGUGAAGAAUUGUUCACCUGGAUGGCGCCAUUCUGA